CUGUUUACCAAGACGGCAUCUUCCUGGCGAAAACGUCGUGGUGGUGGCGUAACAGCCACAACUACGCCAGCCAGCAUCGCUCCAGCAACAAUACCUUCUACUUCGUAUCAGCAACAGUUGCUGACACGUUCGUUGGACAAAAUGUUCGAGGAAGCGGAACUAAGUGGCAUAUUGUUGUUGGCCGGUCGAAAGCUCAAAGAAUUUCCUGCACAGCUCGCACUGAAAUAUGAAAUUUCGGAUAUAAUUUCUGCUGAUCUCAGUGAUAAUCGUUUUGUUCAAUUACCUGUCUGUAUAUGUGAGCUAAGCUCGAUGGAAACACUGAGAAUUCGUAGUACGGGUCUGCGCUCAAUUCCCUGUGCCGUGCAGCUGCUACAAUCGCUGACUUAUCUGGAUUUAAGGUAG